UCCAAAGUCUAAAGUUUUAAAUUAGGUCUGGGUCAAAGUCCAAAAUAUUAAAUAUAUGUUCAGUCGUUCAGUUUGUUUUUUUAUUAGACGAAUAUCUGGCUGACGAGUGGGGGUUUCGGGGUUGGUUUUUUCAUUUAGAAAGAAUAAUCAGUGAAAAUAAAAAUGUCGAACAUAAGGCUUUUUGGGGCACUCGCUAGAAUUUCCAAAAAUAACAUCAAAUUCAAUUACAGAUUCCAUGGCAGAAACAUGUCAUCUGUAGAUCUGAAACAUUUCAAGUUGAAAGUGGUUGAUAAUGUAGGAGUUAUAACAAUUGAUUCACCUGGAGUAAAAGUCAACUCUUUCAACGAAGAAGUGAUGAACGAAUUCAAGUCCCUGCUUCCAACUAUAGAAUCCAACUCUCAGAUUCAAGCGUGUGUUCUAAUUUCUGGGAAACCAGGAUGCUUCAUUGCGGGAGCAGACAUUACCAUGCUGGAAGCAAGCAAGUCUGCAGAAGAGACGACAGCAAAAUCUUCGGAAGGACAGAAAAUUCUAGAUGCUGUUGAAAAAAGUAAAAAGCCUUUUGUUUCUGCCAUCCAAGGUGUUUGCCUGGGGCUGGGAUUUGAAACUGCGCUGGCUACCCACUACAGGAUUGCUGUUAAAGACAGGAGUACAGCACUAGGUUUUCCAGAAGUUAUGCUGGGACUUUUGCCAGGUGCUGGCGGUACUCAAAGACUUCCAAGACAUCUUUCUAUUCCAAAUGCCUUGGACUUUAUGCUUACCGGCAAGAACAUGAGGGCAGACAAAGCGAAAAAGAUGGGAGUGGUAGAUCUACUUGUUGAAUCGUUGGGACCUGGCCUUGAUACUCCUGCAGAAAAUACACGAAGAUAUUUGGAAAUGGUUGCAAUUAACAUUGCCAAACAACUGGCUUCUGGUAAACUGAAAGUAAAUAGAGAUAAGAGCCUCACUGAUAAAGUGUUAGCUUACGCACUGCAGUACAACUGGGUGAAAGAUCAAAUAUUCAAGAAAGCGAAGGGUCAAGUAAUGAAAAUGACUGGAGGACUAUAUCCAGCACCUUUGAGGAUAUUGGAAGUUGUGCGAACUAGUCUGGAUAAAGGUGAAGCAGUAGGCUUCAAAGAAGAAGCUAAAGCCUUUGGAGAUCUUGCUAUGACCCCUCAAAGCAAAGGAUUGAUUGGUUUAUUCAGAGGACAGACACAAUGUAAAAAGAACCGGUUUGGCAAACCAGCUAAAGAAGUAAAAACCAUUGGUGUACUGGGCGCCGGUUUGAUGGGAGCCGGCAUAGCUCAAGUAAGUGCCGAUAAGGGCUAUCAGGUUUUAUUGAAGGAUACAACGUCGGCAGGUUUAGCCAGAGGAGUUAACCAAAUAUAUACCGGGCUUGAUGCUGGGGUUAAGAGGAAGAAAUAUUUAGGACUCGACAGAGACAGAUUUAUGGCAAAUGUCAAUGCUACUUUGAGUUAUGAUGCGUUCAAGAAUGCAGAUGUGGUAAUUGAAGCAGUAUUUGAAGAUCUGAACAUCAAACACAAAGUUCUAAAGGAAGUUGAAGCUAUUGUAUCUCCAGACUGUAUAUUUGCUACUAAUACCAGUGCUCUCCCGAUAUCUCAUAUAGCUGCUGCAUCUAAGAGACCAGAAAACGUCAUAGGAAUGCAUUACUUCUCACCCGUUGAUAAAAUGCAACUUCUAGAAGUUAUAACGACUGAUAAAACCAGCAAAGAAGCAACGGCCAGAGCCGUAGCUGUAGGACUGAAACAAGGCAAAAUUGUGAUCACAGUAGGUGAUGGUCCAGGUUUUUAUACGACUAGAAUAUUGUCAGCCAUGAUGGCUGAAUCGAUAAGACUGUUACAAGAAGGUGUUGAACCCAAAGAUUUAGAUUCUCUCUCGAAGAAAUUUGGAUUUCCUGUGGGAGCUGCAACUCUGGCCGAUGAGGUGGGGUUAGAUGUUGCCGCACAUAUUGGCCCAAAUCUAGCUAAGGCGUUUGGUGAAAGAUUUAGUGGAGGAGAUUUGGGAGUGAUGAAGGACAUAGUCCAGGCAGGUUUCCUAGGUCGAAAAUCUGGAAAAGGGAUUUUCAUUUAUGAAAAAGGAUCCAAAAGUAGAGAGGUGAACCCAGAAGCAAUGGAUAUCAUCAAGAAGUAUUCUGUGGCACCAAAGGGUUCUUUCGAGGAUGAAGAUAAAACACUUAGGAUGAUAACCAGAUUCGUCAAUGAAGCUGUUCUUUGCUUGGAAGAAAAAAUCCUGGCUAAUCCCCUGGAGGGAGACGUUGGUGCAGUUUUUGGGCUGGGAUUUCCCCCAUUCACAGGAGGUCCUUUCCGAUGGGUAGACCAGUACGGUGCAGGAAAAUUGGUUGCUAAAAUGGAAAUGUUUGCCAAUUCAUAUGGUCUUCCUUUCAAACCUGCUCAGACCCUUGUAGAUAUGGCUAAAGAUUCCAGCAAAAAGUUCCAUCCUAACUGAGUUGUUUUCAAAUGUAUUAAUGUGCCUUGUUCGGACUUUUAAUUAUUUUGUUUUUAGAAUAAUUUUAUACUUUAUAUCUUAUAUUACAAAAAUAUUAAAUUAAAUACU